AUGCCCUCGUCCGAAUCGGCACCAUUACCGGCCGCCAAAGGUACGAACGGCAACCACAAUGGCGACUACAAUCCCAAGGAUCAGCCAGUCGAGAAUUUUCGCCCUAUGAAGGUUGUGGCGAUUGGCGCAGGCUUUUCUGGAAUAUACCUAUCCAUUCGGUUGCCAGAACUCCUCCGCAACGUUGAGCUAGUGGUGUAUGAGAAGAACGAGGGACUGGGCGGCACCUGGUGGGAGAAUCGAUAUCCUGGAUGCGCUUGUGACAUCCCUGCACAUUCGUACGUUUAUUCAUUCGAGCCAAAUCCUGGUUGGUCGAAUUUUUAUGCACCUUCACAGGAAAUUCAGCAGUACCUGCAGAAGGUAGCGGACAAAUAUUCAGCGGGCAGGUUCAUCAAACUCGGCCACAAAGUCGUCGGUUGUGCUUGGGAUGCAACGCGGUCAAAAUGGAAAAUUGAUAUCCAGAGAAUUGCUACCGGCGAGACAUUCUCAGACGAGGCAGACGUCAUAGUCGCUGCGCGUGGAGGAUUGAACGACUACGUCUGGCCGAAAAUCGACGGAUUGUGGUCGUUCAAAGGCAAGAUCGUGCAUUCAGCGGCUUGGGAUACAUCGUUUGACUACUCGAACAAGAGAAUCGGUGUCAUUGGAGGUGGCAGCAGUGCCAUCCAAAUCGUGCCAAAACUCCAAAAACUCGCAGGGACGCAAUUAAGCUGCUUCAUCCGGAGUAAGACGUGGAUCUCGAGCACUUUCGGUGCUUCUGCCAUGCAGAAGCUCGGACUUGACCACGAAGAAUUCACGCAAGAGGACUUCGACAAGUACAUGUCGGACCCGAAGAAGUAUCACGAGUUCCGCAAGAUGAUCGAGACUGAGGGCAACGCGAUGCAUCCAUUUUCCUUGAAGGGCUCCCCAAUGUCGGCGGGUGCUCGUGAUAUGUUCACCCAGCUCAUGAAAGGUCGUUUGGCCAAGAAACCAGAACUAGGAGACUUCCUCAUCCCUAGUUUUGCACCAGGUUGCCGUCGUCUGACGCCAGGUGAGGGUUUUCUGGAAGCUCUGACGGAGGACAACGUCGAAUUCAUAAAUACAGCCAUUGAAGCGGUGACUGAAACUGGGGUGGUUCUACAAGGUGGGCGUGCGAUCGAGCUCGACGUCCUUGUCUGUGCCACUGGGUUCAACGCUGCAGGACCACCUCCGUUUCCUGUGAUUGGUGUUGACGGGAGAGCCUUGAGCGAUCGCUGGGAAAAGUACCCGGAGGCUUAUAUGUCUGUUGCCGUGGAUGGAUUUCCAAAUUACUUCACCAUGCUGGGUCCGAAUUCCGGAGUUGCGAGCGGCAGCCUCACGAAGAUCAUUGAGAGCGCAGGCGACUACAUCCUAAAAUGCAUCCGCAAGCUGCAGAAAGAGGACAUCCAGUCUAUGCAGAUCUCCUCGCGCGCGAUCCGCAGCUGGGUCAAUCACGUGGAGAAUUACUUCACCAAGACGGUCUUCCUGGACGAUUGCCGCACUUGGUAUAGGAGAGACAACCGGAUCAUAGGUCUUUGGCCAGGUAGUACGGUUCAUGCGAUCGAGGUCUUACGAUCACCUAGGUGGGAAGAUUUUGAGUAUGAAUACGGCCAGGAGGCUGCCGGUGAUCGACUUCUGAGAUGGCUGGGCAGUGGAUGGUCGGAGCUUCAGCUCAGCGGUGGCGACAUAUCAUACUAUAUCGAGCCUGAGUACGUGGAUGUGCCGUCUGCGCCGUUUCCGGAGAAAACGGCGAAAUGGAACAUGAUUUCUUUCUCCCACUGA